GGAGGAGAAGAAGAAGAAGUUGGCGCUGUUAGCUCAACACUGAACUUUACAAACGGAGCCGUCGUUGAGCAGUUGGACCGGAGGGAUGGACAUCGACACGGCUUCACCGGUAAACACACCGACCGACCCCCCGUCCUAACGCCAACCGGAGAGUCUCACAGCGAAGCUGUUAGUGGAGCUAAGCUAACGGUGCUAGCCUCCAGACCUGAGGGGAGCGACCUGCCCCACCAGACUCCAUUCAGAAAACACAGCAUUUAAGGACCGGCGGCCAGUUCUCUAGCGGUGCACACUAACGAUACCGGACACAAAGAUGAUAGAACACGUUAUUACGGUGUCGCCGUUAAUUCGGCCUCAACCCAACAGAACUCCGCUCCAGUUAAACGUUAAUGAUCCGGUAAAGUUUGGUGCUGCAACAAGACACAGUGAGGACAAACAGAAAAUACAAUGGUCGGAUUCUGAAUGGAGUUUGGUUCAGGUCCUGUCUGCUGUGGGUCUGCUUGAUGUCCGCUGCUGUAGAGGCCUGAACCCAGUGUUUCAGACACCAGGAUUAACAUCUAAUACUGCAGGAUCAAUACUAACACUGGAUGCAGCCAAAGACGUUCGGAUCAAAAUGGAACCAGACGGUGAUGUGGAGAUCCAGUCGUAUCCCGUCCUCAUGAAGCUUUGCGUCAAACUGACCGACUGCAGGCUGUGGCUACAGGGGCGGGACUUCCUGUCUCUUGACGACCACCCUCAGCUGUGUCCCCAGAGGCCGAGGCAGCACCGGCCGACCAACACGGGCAGGAAGAUGGUGUACUGCUGCGACUGUAACAAAGGCUUUUACAAACAGUCCCACCUGGAGGCUCACCGCAGGACCCACCGAGGACAGAAACCCAACGAGUGCUGGCAGUGCGGGAAGACCUACCCGACCCUUAUGAGCCUCGUCGUCCACCAGCAGAUCCACGACCGCAAGGAGCCCUACCGCUGCUCCUACUGCGACAAGACCUUCGCCCUGAAGAGGGACUGGAAGACCCACCACCGGACGCACUCCGGCACCAAACCCUUCAAGUGCUGGUUCUGUGGGGACGGCUUCAGCGAGCAGGGCGAGCUCAAUGAUCAUCUGGAGCAGCACAAGGGGGAGAAGUGCUACCACUGCAAAGUCUGCAACAAGAUGUUCGUCUCCUACCAGGGCUUCAACUUCCACCGCAAGUCGCACAAGAACCCGAAGCCGCUGCCUUGCCUCAAGUGCAAGAAGACCUUCAGCAACCCUCAGAGCCUGAAGCUCCAUCAGGUGACCCACUCCAACAGGAAGCCGCACAAAUGCUCCACCUGCGGCAAAGGCUUCAAGCUGCUGAGUGGCCUGCGCUGCCACCAGCGGACCCACGAGGACCUGAAGGACUACCACUGCACUGAGUGCGGCAAGUGUUUCUCCAGCCUGCAGGGGCUGAAGCUGCACAACCGCACGCACACUGGACUCAAGCCCUACAAGUGCACAGAGUGCGGGAAGAGGUUCACCCAGUCACCACACCUCAAGUCUCACAUGGUCACCCACACCGGAGAGCGACCGUUCCUCUGCAUCACGUGCGGCAAGAGAUUCACCCAGUCGUCCCACCUGAGGUCUCACAUCACACUGUUCCACGUGGGCGAGAAGCCAUUCACCUGCGACGACUGCGGCAAGAGCUUCACCAUCGCUCACUACCUGAAGAUGCACCGGCUGAGCCACACCAAGGAGAAGCUGUACCAGUGCUCAUACUGCGAGAAGUCCUUCUCCUACCACAACUCCUGGAGGGCCCACGAGAGGAUCCACACCGGUGAGCGUCCCUUCACCUGCAGAGACUGCGGUCAAAGCUUCAUCACAUCGGGCUCGCUGCUGAGCCACCAGAGAUCCAAACACACGGGAGAGAAGAGCCACUACUGCAUCACCUGCGGAGAGUUCUUCUUCACCAGCUCGCUGCUGCGGGUCCACCAGCUCGACCACACCGGAGAGCGGCCGCAUGCCUGCAGCUGCGGCAAGACCUUUAAAACCAAAGGAGUGCUGCGCUACCACCUGAAGAGGUUCAUCCACCACCGGCCGGCCCAGUGAACGCCUGCUGCUGCUGCUGCUGCUGCUGCUGCUGCUGCUGCUGCUGGGAGUGUGUACGGAGGGCAGGGACAAAGGGACAGGUGCACGCAGGUGGUCUAACAGGAAGUUAGUUAUUGUAGUUUAUCGGCAGAGGCACACAGAUCAUAGAAAUGAAGAUACUCCAACAGUCGUCUUCAUCACUCAGUGAAACACGUGUUGAUAUCAGUCAGUGAGGCUUCAUCUGAGUCAGCGUCCAUAAAUCAGCUGAGAAAUUGGAGAACAAACAGUUAUCAUGUUUUCUCCAGAGACAGUCGCUCUCUCCACGACUUCACACUGUCUCACACUCAUUCAGCCAGUCCCUAUCAAGUCUGCACGACCUUGUCAUUUUGUCCAAUCACCACAACUUCACCACAAAUCAUUACCACAUACCACAGAGUGUUUAAAACAGUCACAUCUGGUUUUAUUGUAGAGCUGCGUGCAGCUCACUGAUCCACUCAGCCCCACUCUGUUUAUCAUGACGCUGCUGCUCUGGGACAGACUCACUCGCACAGUGACAGGGAUAACUGUUAGCGUCACACGGCUAAUGCUACCCAGUGUUUAUGAAGGGGUUUAAUGACAGAGUCGAGGUGUUAGGGCGUCGAUGUGAGCAACACUGGAACUCAAACAUGCGAGGCCCUUUUCCUGCAGCUCAGAGCAGGUGAAUCUGUCACAGUAAGAACACUCAUCAUUUAAAACACACAACCACAUUUAAAGGUCCAGUGUGUCAUAUUCAGGAGGAUAUAGUGGUGUCCAGCAGUGAAGAAACUUCUCCUGCUCAGAAUUCCUUCAGUGUUGAUUGUUCAGGAGCUGAAUGAUUCUCAGAGGAACAGACUAGGAAACACUCUGAAGGAAGACGUUUCACAGUAAAACAUCUGUUUCUCAGAUGCUGUCUGGCUCGUCACAGCUGGUCCGCUCCACACAGCACUUGAUAAUGUCCGCUCAACUUUUUUCUCUUUUAACUUCACAUUUAAAUAAAAUCAUAGUUUUUCUGAUGCUGCUCAUCAUGGAGGAGCUGCUAACCACGGUGUCCAACAUGAACACAUGAAUGUCUCUAUCUAGAGUCAGUGUUUGGUUUGUCCAUUCUGGGCUACUGUAGAAUCAUGGUGGUGCAACAUGGUCGUCUCUGUAGACGAGGACCUGCUCCCUGUGUAGAUAUAAACAUUAGAUUAGAUUCUAUUUAAAUCUGACACACUGGAGCUUUAAGUGUCGACUGUAGAACGCUGUACGCAGAUUAGUGUUUAACUGUUGGAACUUUCUGACUUUUCAAACUAUCAAGUGUCUCAAGCUGUCGAAGGCACAGCGGACUCUCCUUCACCUGACACUGGCGCCACUGUCUGCCUCAUCUGUAAUGGAUUCUAUUCUUCCUGUAUCACCAGGUCGCCUGUUUCAUCCUCACCGACCUGUCUGUCACCUUACAAAUUUCACUCUGACGGUUGUAACAAAACAAACUUCGGACCAGCAAAGAUUUUUUCAAAUAUUUGUCUUAUUUGACACCAAUAUGGAUUCAAAUAUUUUUUUUAAAAUUCUUAUAAUGGUAGAAGAAAGUCCUAAAAAAUAUCACAACAUACAUCCCAAUGUUUUGUAGACAGGUUGCAGUGAGAUCAGACGUUUCAGGCUGCAACAAUCACAAAACAACCAGUGAAGUCGUUGAGUGACCAAAGAGCUCCGAGUCAGUCAGGUCAGAUCACUACCAACGUCACAGCGAUUUGUUGCUGCUCAGUUAUCAAAGGUUUUUCUCAUUGUUGUGGUUCUUUAAGGUCAAAGCUGCUUCUGAUGAACUCUGAACAUUUUAGUUUUUGUUGUUCAACCUUCCUGUUCUUUUUUUGUUUUUAACAGAAAAUGAAAUGAUGUAAAUGAUUAAAACGUCUUCUCUGUUUAAAAACCGUUGUUACAAAGAAUCAAACACUAAGAAACACUCCGGAGACAAAAGUCCUGACGCACAGAUCAACUCAGCGUUUUAGGAAUGAUGUCUCAAACUGAAUCACUGACAGAUCGACUCUAAAGGAACAGUCCAACAUGUCUGUUCAACUGUCCUGUGCGGGUUGUAGUGCCAACGUAAA